AUGCCCGAAUCUGUUACCUUGUUCAUUCCCCAGCAGACAUAUGUCUCUGGCAGUGCUGUGGAGGGUGAAGUCGAGCUAGACUUCACCCUUGUCCAGGAAGAGCAGCUCGAAGAGGUCCGUGUGAAGCUCAAGGGCCUGAUAUACACUCUCGUCAGUUCCAGUGCCCAGGCUGUUUCCGAGAACGAGGAGGUCGAUAUUCUUCGGUUGGAGGUCCCUGUCUGGACGCGCGGAGCCGCCUAUCCUCCUCCGGACUCUCAUCUCCUCCGCUUGCAGUUCUUGAUCCUGCUCCCGACUAAGAUUCCUCCAUCUUGCGAAUUUUAUGACAUCAAUAAUGCUGCCAUCGUUCGCUAUGAGAUCGAGGCGAUUGGUAUCCGACCGGGGACUUUGCGCAUGAACAAGCGGAUCGCGAAACCGAUUGUCGUGCUCCCGGCACAUCCGACGAGUGCACGAGUACGAUCUGCUCUUCGGGAGGGUUGGCAUGGCGCUUGGAAUUCCGCUGUUGAAGAGAAGCAGAUUCGCCAAGGUCUUUGGGGCGAGCGUGCGCAUGUCCGGGUGGAGAUGAAGUAUCCGCAACUCAGAGCGUUUCCAAUAUACACAGCCAUUCCCUUCACCGUAACGAUAUCUACUACGAGCAAGGCUACGAAGCGGGGCGAGACGUCUGAUGCGAAGCCUAUCUGGCCGUCUCCGCCAGUCACAUCUCAGGACAUACGUUUUGAACUCAGGAGGGAAGUACAUGUUGUCAGUCAACACCUCUCUGGUAUUUUCCACGAAAAGAAUAUCCCUUUGGAUGGCAUGGAUCGCUCGGCGACUGAGGUCAAAGUGAACGUAUUGCCGAAGAAGUGGGUACCUCUCGAUACGGACGCAUCGAAGGGGAAGUGGAAACAGCAGACCACAUUCUCGUCGACAAUAUUUUUAUCGUGUACUCCAACGUUCAAGUCGUCUCGUGUGGAAAUCAGCUAUACCAUGCACAUCGGUGUUCCAUUUAGUGGAUGGCAAAACAGCGUGACUCUUACCCUGCCUGUGAUAGUAUCAUCGGGCAUGGUUCCACCUUCAGCGCCAGCAUACUCAGAAUAUGUUCCCCCGCCUCCUGAGUUUGUAGAUGGUGCACUGGGUUUACAACCUCCCGCUUUCGAUUUUCCGCCGUGA